GCGCACACACACUGUCCAUCCAUGGGGAUUGUGUCGCUUUAAAAGGCUAUGCCACCCAUGUAAUCUAGGGGGCAGGUCUGUCUUCUGUGGCCAUCGACUGCAGAGCUCCUCGGUAGUUCAAGCAAAGGCAGGCGGAGGCACGAGAGCGAGGCUCCGCUUGCAUCGGAUCGCCCAGGAUGCAGGGGCUAACUAGUUAGCUGCAGAACAGAGAAAAGGCUCCCGUGUCGUUGUGAAUCGGCGGAGAUGAUAUUUCGAUGAACCUGCGCACGCAAAAUGUGAUUUUAGCACCUCGGACUCGCUGGGUGGAGGUUCUGACGUCCUUACAGAAGCCCUUGCACAGCUUACAGAUUAUCAAGCUCUUCAACUGGGAGCUGGCGGCUCUCCACUCGGGCUGGAUAAAACGACUUGAAAAGGAAAUUGUCAAGAUGGCAGCUGCAUUCUGAAUGACUGUAUCCAUAUUAAGGGGACGUUUUCUGUCACUGAGCGUACCAUGCAUUUUUAAAAAAUGACCAUACUCAGGCUUAGCGUUGAAGUGUUUUGAUUUAGGCUAUUUUCUGCUCUUGAGCCUUAUUAUAAUUGUGAUACUUUGUCGCGUUGAAACCCCUCCAGCAUUGCAUCACUUCUAGUGAGUCGUCCAAAAGUAUUUCUGAGCAGCGUAUUUAAAGUUACCCUUGUGUGUGUUCACUGAUGCUGGAGCAAUCAACUGGGCAGGCACGUGGAGUUAGCUAAACAUCAGGUAUCAGGACUGCAUGGAGAGUGCAGACCAGUAGCCUACCAAUGAUCUGAAGGAAAAAAAUGUCCAUUGUGUGUUAACUUGUUUUUUUUUUUUUUUUUUAAAGUGAAAUUAUUUUCAUUCUAUUAUCCAGGGCAUUGAAUCUUCCAUACCAGGACUAGAAGCAUCGUAGACAGCUCUAACUACACAAACAUUAAGCUCAUUAAUGGAAUGCAACUGGAAACCAAGCUUCCAAUUUAGUUAUUUGAAUGAUCAAACUGUAGCUCAGAGAAGGCAAAGAGUGGGGAUAUCAUGGCUGAGAUGUCAAACAAUGAACUUGGUAAUACUUUGGACGUUAUGAUCGAUCCAGAUUUUGAGCCACAGAAAAGACCGAGGUCCUGUACGUGGCCUCUCCCGCGACCUGAGUCCGACACAGGGAAGCCCGAACCAACCGAUAUUAUUCCCGAAGAGGAGGAUGACCCCGCCACUGACAGUUGCGCGGGCCACAGUGCCAACGAUAUAUCGAAAGAAACUGACAUUUCCGAUGGGGACCAUGCUACAUCAGAAAUUACUCCUGUUGUGCGACUUAAAACCACUUCCAAGGACAAGGAGCUCGACGGCUUCUCGGUACCCUCUCAGCCCUUGUCCACGGCGAGCAGUGAAACAAGUGUGAACGGCCUGGUAGCGCAGCCAAGAAAGUCUUCUGCACGAAGGAAUGCCUGGGGCAAUUACUCGUACGCGGAUCUCAUCACUCAAGCUAUUGAGAGCUCGUCUGACAAGCGGUUGACUUUGGCCCAGAUCUAUGAUUGGAUGGUCAGAUCAGUAGCAUAUUUCAAGGACAAAGGCGACAGCAACAGCUCAGCAGGCUGGAAGAACUCUAUCCGGCACAACCUGUCCUUGCACAGCAGGUUUGUGCGAGUCCAAAAUGAGGGAACCGGUAAGAGCUCUUGGUGGAUGGUCAACCCGGAGGGCGGCAAAGGUGGCAAAGCGCCGCGCCGGCGCGCCGUCUCCAUGGACAAUGGCAACAAGUACACAAAGAGCGCCCGGGGCCGGGCGGCCAAGAAGAAGGCAGCGCUGCAGGCGGCUCAGGAGGUCGGAGGCGACGCGACGAGUCUGUCCCGCUGGGUCGGAAGCCCCGCCUCGCGGAGCAGCGACGAGCUGGACGCCUGGACGGAUUUCCGCUCGCGGACCAACUCCAACGCCAGCACGCUCAGUGGCCGGCUCUCGCCCAUCCUGGCCAACCCGGAGCUGGACGAGGGCGCCGACGAGGACUCGCCGCUCUCGCCCAUGCUCUACUCUAGUCCCAGCAGCCUCUCGCCGUCCGCCGGUGGCCUCGGCGAGCUGCCGUGCCUCGCCGACCUCGCCGGCACCAUCAACCUGAACGACGGCCUGAUGAACGACCUGCUGGACGACAUCAGCCUGACCGCCGCGCAGCAGCCGUCGCCGGGCGGCGCCGACGACGACGACAGCGGCGACGAGCACGGCUCGGUGUUCACGUUCGGCUGCCCCUCGCCCAUGUUUGGCCCCACGCUGCGCCAGUCGCCAAUGCAGACCAUCCAGGAGAACAAGCAGACGUCCUUCCCCAGCCUGUCGCCCUACGGUGGUCAGACCCUGCAGGAGCUGCUGGAGGGCGACGCGUGCGGCGGCGGCGGCCGCAGCAGCGAGAUCCUGCUCACGCAGUCGGACCCGCUCAUGUCGCAGGCCAGCGCAGCUAUCGGCCCACAGAACUCCCGCCGCUGUGCCAUGCUGCUCCGCAACAAUGACCCAAUGCUGUCCAACCAGCCGGGCGCUCCCGGCCUCAACGGCACUCAGGGCUGGAGAGGCCUGAACGGAGGGCUUGGCCUGAACAAUGACCCACACUACACAGCGAAACAGCAGCAGCAACAGCACCAGCAGCAGCAGCUUCGCCCCUCCGCCCUCCCGGGCACCUCGGCCGACCCUUCCCUCCUGUCGGGCCUCAACGGCAGCCUGACCCCUCAGGACCGCUUCCCGGCCGACCUGGGCCUGGACGUGUUCAACGGCAGCCUGGACUGCGACAUGGACGCCAUUCUGCGCGGUGAGCUGAUGGAGGCGGACAGCCUGGAGCUCAGCUUCGAUGCUGGCUCCGGAAUAGUCUCGGCCCAGAACAACGCCAACUUGAAUGCAGGCAGCUUCUCUAGGGCCAAGGGCACCACGUCCCAGAGCUGGGUGCCCGGCUAAAACCCUCCAAGCCAAGCCAAGCAGAUCUUUAAGUUGACAGGAGAACCAGCUCCACGUCGUUUGCCAAACCAGCUAUCUGCUCCGUGAGGCCGAUGGUCUGUUUACUGAACAAAAUCCAGAGAAUGUUACCAUUGUCUUCACCCAGCAAAGACACUCCAAUAAUACAAAGGAUACUUGAAGCAGCUCCCACUGAGUUCCCAUGCCCAAACCGCAAGAGAAGUUGUAAUUAUGCAAUCAUGUUCUUUUACCAUUCCCUGGUCCACCACCAUUACACACACACAGCUAUACAGCUACACACCUACACGUACACACAUACAUGCACACACAUAAACAAAAGAAUUUGUUAUGGAAAAGGAAAAAAAGAAAAUGAAAUGGUCAUCAUGAUGUACCCCUGACCUUCCUCACUGUACCGUGAAAAAAAGAAACAAUUGUGACGUGUUUUGAUCUAUUUAGUGUUCUUAUGUAUGAAAUGUUAUAGUUUUAAUAACAUCAUUCUCCCUCCUCCAUAUAUUAGGCUCUGAAGCAACCUUGUUGCAUUCCAUGCUAACAUUUAAAAAAAACACUUUUUUGAACUCCCAUGAAAAAAAAAUGCCCCCUCCCCCUCCUUUUCCCUCCUCCAACUCCCUUCCCUCCCCCAAAAUAGGGUUCCCUCCAAAAUGUAGUUAUUGAGGCCAGUGGUUCUCAACCCUGGGCAGCUGUGUGCUCCGGGUCUUUUGUUCUCCCUGUACUUCAGACUGUGGGUGUGCGAGCUGAAGGAACUCAUCUGAGGAGCCGUUUCCUGGAGCUCGCCACGCAGCGAAAACAAACAGACCCCAUCAGCCAGGGUUGCUGAAUGUUUGCAUUCAGGGUUACUAGACAAUUUCCUUGUGUGUGUAUUUAAUGGUGUGAAGGUGUUUUCUUUUUUCUUUUUAAAAAAGAGAAUGUUAACCAUCUGAAGAUAGCUAUCAUGCAGUGUUAAUAACUCCAUGAAAUGUGAUUUGCAACUGCUUGCAAAAGGUGCAUCUUGCCACUUGGGUCCUUCCUUCACGUUAUCUUUGUACUCAAAGACACAUAAGAUAAAACACUUGCACGCACACAGAUUUACAUUUGUAUGUGCGUGUCUGUACAAUAACAGGUGCUAAACAGUGUUUUCAAUCCGCCAUGCAGUAUGUAAUACAUUGAAACCUUUGCAUGGGUAUGACAUGUCAGAUGGGCCGUGCACUGAAUAAACACCCACUACAGUGUCUUGUACUGUUUGUUGCCAAAUUUUAUGACCGUGCGAGGCAACCAAAUCACGUGAGCCUGUAAGGCUGUAGCAAAAUCUCACGUUGUGUAUUACGAACAUCCUUUGGAACUCCAGGUACACUCAGUAGUGUUGAAUACUUCCUUUGGAGCAUUGCCUGUUUAGAAAGUAAGAAAAAUGUUAUAGCAACUAAAAUAUAUCAUCUACUUUAGCAUUAUUAUUUUGAACAAAGAAUGAAAGACUUCAUUCGUGUGGAGAAUAACUCUAUUGUACUUCACCUACAGGCAGUAGUGCCCCCCCCCCCCAGUUGCCAACAUUUGAACAAACACUCUCCAAGCUUAUCUCCCCAAAUUUUUUUUAUCACAAGCUCCUUUUCUCUUCUUGUUUGUUUUCCCCCUCCCCCCAUCCCAUCAGCCACUUUGCCAGCCCAUUCCAUGCUUCUUGUCUAUGUGCAGUACGGUAUGUACUAUAUGUCUGGCUGACAUGCGAUAUGAGAAAUAAAAUGUCAGGAAACCCCUUGUUUAUGAGUCACAUUCAUCCCUAGAGCCAAGACUGCCUAUGUUUGAUCUUUCUCACUGAAGUAGGUUCGUGUGAAUCAUUUGUGACCCCCCCCACACACACACUAUAAAUGGUCUUGUAGUCUGCUCCAGACUGGCAUGUAAAUAAAGUUUGGCUGAGCAUUCAGGAAGUCUAACAGCCUUUAUGCCAUAGCAAGCUUCCUUUGUUGACUGUUCCUUCUUUGGUGGGGAGAGAGGUGGGGGGAUAUGGUCAUUCGGGAUACUGUGAUAACAGACAUUUCAACAAUGCUGACUUGACACUUUUCAAGACUGGUUAAUUCAGACCCAAACUUAACAUGGCUGAUAGUUUGCUUCAGAAAGCCCAGCUAAUAACACAUUUAUAUUUUGCCUUUUCAGCUACUGAGCUGUUUCUUUGACAGCUGUACAAAAUGCUGAGUUUAGGUCUAGACUAUGCCUAAAGCCAUUAUUAACUUAACACUUUAUUAGCCACAGACACUUGCAGCAUGUGCUAAAACCAAUCCCCAAGACCCAUGCUGGGUGUUUUGUGUAUCUUGCUGUGGUUUUAGGUCUGGGUUUUGCUGUACACUGAAUAGGCAACAACAAUUGUGCUGAAUGAGGCAACUACAAAGUGUCAAUUCAGAGAUUUUAUUGGACAAGAUAUACACUUUGAUGUGCAGCUGGAUAAAGACUACACAUCACAUGUAUCACAGACAUUUGUAAUAAAUGAAGUGUAUUUCCUCAGAAUGAUACUUCAAAAGAUUGGA